AUGCAGAUCUUGACGUGGGUCUUCGCGCUGAUGGCAGUGACUGCCGUCGCCGGCCAAGGAGACCACGAGGAAGACCAUUUGCCAGAAGCACCCGAAGAGGCUUCUGACACUGGCACUCCUGAAGAGGGUCCAGAAACCCGCAGUGGCAAUUCAGGCACUCCUGCUGGCGGUGCCGCUGCUGAUACUGCCUCUGACGGUGCCGAGGAGGACGUGCCUUCAACCAGAUUUGGUGCUGGGUUCCAUCAAGGGGGCCUUCAACCCGGCUUUGGGGUUCAGCCGGGUUUCGUUGGUCAGCCUGGCUUUGUAGGUCAGUCUGGGUUUGCAGGUCAGCCUGUAGUAGGGGGUCAGCCUGCCAUUGGAGGGCAAGUUGCACUGGGAACUCAGCCAGGAUUUGGUGGCCAGAAUUUCGGUGGCCAGGCAGGAUUCCCCAGCCGACAGCCUUUGCCUCUCCCGAGUAACAGCUGCCGACAGUGGUGCCGGGGCAAACAUCCCAGGCAAUUCUACUGCUGCGAAGACAACUCCAAGCCCAUCACCAUCCCCUUUGAGAAACCAGGGUCCUGCCCACCAACCCGCCCCGCCUGCCCGAGGUUCUACACACCUCCCCCAGUGGGACCCCAGACGUGCGGCGACGACAGCAAGUGCCCCGGGUACGACAAGUGCUGCUUCGACGUCUGCCUUGAGGAACACGUCUGCAAGCCAGCUGUCGUUUAA